AGCUAUCCUAUGGGUUUGAAGGAGAGUACCAUAUUUUUGCAGAAGGACAGAUGACUAUUGCAUUAAACGAAUAGGAACGCUUGCGUUUUUUUGUUUUAUUAACUGACCUGUCAUUAUAUAAGCGGCACUGCUUGUCUAUAUGUAAAAGUAGAUGUCGGAACACAUCUAGAUAUUAUUUAUUACGAUUUAUCUGCUGCGUUGUACUUGUAAAUAUUGUUGUAUUUCCACUGGCUGUCAUUUUUAGCCAGCUAGCGAUGGGAAACUCAAUGACCCACCGCGAGUUAACGAGGCACUGUUACAGUAAGAGAGAGCAACCUCUUUCUUUCCUUUUAAACUGAACUGACAUCAUGUAGCUUGGAAAUUAUAUAGGUUUAAUAAUAGCUAUUUCAUCUAGCUAAUGUCUUGUUAACUGGGUUAGAGAGCGACAACGGAACUAAUUAGUUAUGUGCAUCCUGCGCAUCUAACGUUAGCUAGUAAACUUCACAUUUAGCUAUUCCUUUGUUUUGAUUCUGACUUCGUCUAGAUUUUAAGCCAGACAGCUAUUAGGAAACUCUCAAGUGUACUGAAUCGUCAUUGAUAAUUUGGGGAUGACAGGGUUCUCGGACAGACUGUCGUCUGGAUUAACGAGAGUUUGAAGAACUCGUCCCUGACAGCCUCUCCAUCACAAGCUGUUGUGUAUCACCGGACACCUGCCAAAAUAUGGAGACGGUGGGAGACUUUGAAUACAGCCGAAAAGACCUCGUCGGACACGGAGCCUUUGCGGUCGUCUUCAAGGGAAGACAUAAAAAGAAGACUGAUUGGGAGGUCGCCAUCAAGAGUAUUAACAAGAAGAAUCUCUCAAAAUCUCAGAUUCUGCUUGGCAAAGAAAUCAAAAUUUUAAAGGAACUCCAACAUGAGAACAUCGUGGCGCUGUAUGAUGUCCAGGAAACGCCAAGUUCUGUAUUCCUGGUUAUGGAGUACUGCAAUGGAGGAGACCUGGCAGACUAUUUGCAAGCCAAGGGCACUUUGCGAGAGGAGACGCUGAGGGUCUUUCUACAGCAGAUUGCAGCAGCCAUGCGCAUCCUCAACAGCAAGGGGAUCAUUCACAGGGACCUCAAACCUCAGAACAUCCUGCUGUCCUACACGGGCCGCAAGAAGUCCAGCAUCAACGGCAUACGCAUCAAGAUUGCUGACUUUGGUUUUGCAAGAUAUCUCCAGAGCAACAUGAUGGCGGCCACAUUAUGUGGAUCCCCAAUGUACAUGGCUCCAGAGGUGAUCAUGUCCCAGAACUAUGAUGCCAGAGCUGACCUGUGGAGCAUUGGGACUGUCAUUUAUCAGUGCCUAGUGGGAAAGCCGCCUUUCCAGGUGAGCUAAUGUUCUGAUUUGUAUACUUGUUGUUGUUUUUUUUGUUGUUUUUUGAUAUUUCAUGUGUUCAUGUUCUAUGAGAAGAACAAGACUUUGGUGCCAAACAUCCCGCGAGAGACGUCUCCUCAACUGGUAGAUCUGCUGCUGGGGCUGCUCCAGAGGAACCAGAAGGAUCGUAUGGAUUUUGGUCAUUUUUUUUUCUUGGAACCGACAUCAACUAUUAAAAAAUCAUGCCCUGUGCCAGUGCCUACGUGCUCUGGCUUGGUUACAGACAGCACGUGUGGCAGCUCUCCUUCCUGUCGUUACGUCUCUCCGCCGUCCCUGCCAGACAUGCAGACUCUGCCUGAGGACGUGUUGUCCUCUCCACCUCUUGGUCCUCCCAACUACCUGCAGCUGUCCAAAGAGUCGGGCGGCAGCACCAGCAGCAAGAACUCCUCCUGUGACACUGACGACUUUGUGCUGGUGCCCCAUCUUUCUGGAGAACAGUCCUAUGAUCUUUCAGUGGGUGCAGUGACCCGCAGGCCGUCCAGUGAAUUCCUUCUGUGUGGAGGCUCCCCGAAUCCAUCCUCUGGACAGACCCCGAUGGUAUCACCACGAAGCGAGACCACUCCGAUACCUGUACCCACACAGGUACGAAACUACCAGCGUAUCAAACAGAACCUGUCCAGCAGCCCAACCACAACACUUUAUGGCUCUCCCAGGUCUGGGGAAGUUUGGCUAAGGUUGUCUAGAUACUUUGGUUUCACUAAAAUGUUGUCCGGGUCACCUAGCCCUGCAGAUACAGUUCAAACGGUGGGGCGACGUCUCUCUACAGGAAGUUCCCGGCCCUACUCUCCCUCUCCACUGGUGGGCACUAUUCCUGAGCAGCUCGGCCACUGCUGUUGUGGACAUCCCCAGAGCCACGAGGCACGCAGUCGCAGCUCCUCAGGCGGUUCCCCUGUACCAUCCUCUCAAUUACUGGGCGCUCGUCUUCAGAGUGCGCCCACACUGACUGACAUUUACCAGAACAAACAGAAGCUACACAAGCAGCUGUCUGACCCGGUUUACCCCACCGCCUCAGCCUAUCCCACCAGCCACUCCCCUCAGCUUGGUCGCCCCGGCAACCUAGGCACCUCCCCAACCAAGCACCUAGGCUCCUCCCCUCGCACCUCUGACUGGUUAACAAAGUCACCGUUGCCCACCAUCAUCGGCUCACCCACUAAGGCAACCUCUCCAUUCAAAAUCCCUAAAACUCAAGCCUCGUGCAACCUCAUGGCCCUGGCCUCUCAGCAGGGUAUGGCCGACAGCCCUAUCCCAGUUAAAACACUAAUGGAUGGGCGUGACCUCUGUGUACAUCACUGCUCAGCAUAUCCCAGCAGCCGCCAGUGUGCACCAGAGGCCAGCAAGACUUCCUUUGGCAGGUCUGUAAGUGCUGGCAGACUGUCUGAGCAGCCGGUGCGGAUCACUUUGGGAGGACAGCCGUACCAGGGCAGCACAGACAGCCUCAACACAGAGAGACCCAUGGACACAGCCCCAGCAGGGACUUGCGGUUUGGCAGCAGGCGGGGCAAGUCCCCGCACCGUUGUGUUCACGGUGGGCUCCCCCCCCAACAGCAGCACCCCUCCCACCUGCAGCCAUCUCGCAUCCCGCCCGCGCACCACCUCAGUAGGCUCCAACAGCUCGGCCGGCUCGCUGUGCUCCACCAGUGGUAAGGUGUAUAUGGGCUCUCCCCCGGGCAUGACCAUCGGCAGCUCCCCACCAGGAGCGGAAGCGGCUCCCAGCAGUCUUCGCUAUGUCCCUUACGGCACCUCCCCGCCCAGCUUGGAUGGAUUCAUCACCUUUGAAGCUCCAGAACUGCCAGAGGAGACACUGAUGGAGCGUGAGCACACAGACACUCUGAUGCACCUGCGGAUGAUGCUGUCCUUUACGGACUGUGUGCUGGAGAUCGCUUCUCUACGGGCCGGAGGACCUGAUCUGGGUGCGUCCGCAGCAUCUCUCUAUCCGCCCCAGGGCAGCGUGGUGGUGGAUCAGAUCAGUCAGCUCAGUAAGGAGUGGGGUGUUCUGUAUAAGGCGGUUUUGUAGUAGUUUGUGUUGUACAUGAAAGCCGCACAGCUGCUGGCCUCCUCACUGCACCUGGCCAAAGCUCAGAUCAAAUCUGCCAAACUCAAUCCAUCCAUGGCUGUCAAACAAGUGGUGAAGAGUUUGAACGAGCGCUACAAGAGCUGCAUUUCCUUGUGCCGCCGGCUCACAGACAAACUCAACCACUUCUUCUCCGACAAGCAGCGAUUUGUGGACGAGAUCAACAGUGUAACAGCUGAGAAGCUCAUUUAUAACCAUGCUGUAGAGAUGGUGCAGUCGGCUGCACUAGACGAGAUGUUUCAGCAGACAGAGGACAUCGCAUAUCGCUACAACAAAGCCUCCAUGCUGCUGGAAGGCCUUUCCAAGAUCCUUCAGGACCCAGCUGAUAUAGAAAUGUUUGUUUAUCAAAUGGUAAGGCAAGCGUUCUCAGCUUUGUGUUACUGCACAGUUACCCUGUAUGAAUAAAGAGAGUCAUCUGUAAAAUCUUAGCUGGUGCUCUCACUCCAGGGACCAUCAUCUUUUCAAACCACUGAGAAGACUAAACAAAUCCCUCUUUUUUGUUUCGUAGCAAAGCACUUUCAGUUCCUUUUGAUUCCUUU